AUGCUCCGCCGCACGCUCGCCGUCCACCGCUGCAUCGUGGCGCGGGCCUUCCACAGCACACCGCUCCUUGCCGCAGAACAUAUCGUCAAGGUUCCUUCGAUGGGCGACUCCAUCUCUGAAGGCACUGUUGUCGAGAUCAAGAAGCAGAUUGGGGAGCACAUCCACGUCGACGAAGUUGUGAUGGUGCUCGAAACCGACAAGGUCAGUGUCGAUGUGAUGAGCCCAGUGGCGGGAACCCUCGUGAAGACUCUGGCAACUUUGGAUGAAGAUGUCCAAGUGGGCAAGGACCUUUUUGUCGUCGACGGCGAAGUCUCUGCCACUGUGGUCUCUGCGACUCCAGUGUCCGCCGCUGCUGCUACGCCCGUUCCUGUCGCGGCGGUCGUCCCUGCCAAGUCCACUGCCGCUUCAUCUUCGUCCCACCACCGCGUGCCCCGCAUUGCAUUCUUAGGCAAACGCUCCUUGUUGCAUGCUGCUGCGACCCAUGAUCAUUCCACUGCCGCUCCUGCGUCAACCCUCGUGGUGCCGCCGUCCUCCAGUGCGUCUGUCGUGUCCUUCUUCGACAUCCCAGCUCGGUUUGCGCGAAAACCCAUUUCCAAGGACGAAGUCGAAGCCAUCAACAGCGGUCGGGCGUUUGCGUAAUAGACAUAACCCCUCAAAUGUAUACACAUACCCAUGUGGGUUGAUCGAGGUUAAGAA